AUGCAGCACAUAACCAGCGCGUGCAAGCCGAGUCACGCCUCGUGCGCAGCAGCAGCCGCGCCUCUGCCGCCCAGGCCAUUGCUCAGACGAGCAGCCGCCGUCCCCUGCCGUCGUGUUGCAGCUAGAGAUGCAGCCUCGAGACUGGCGGUCCGGAGGAGAUGCCAGGAGGAGGACAAGCAGCAGCAGCAAGAAGCGGCGACCGACGACGAGCAGCAGAAGAGGACCUUCCUGAGCCUGGAGGAGGCCGGGCUGGUGGAGAUGUCCGGCCUCGGCACGCACGAGCGCUUCCUCUGCCGCCUCACCAUAUCGUCACUGAACCUGCUGAGGGUGAUAUCGGAGCAGGAGGGCGUCCCGAUCGAGGAGCUCAACGCCGGCCGCGUCUGCGACUGGUUCCUCAAGGACAAGCUCAAGAGGGAGCAGAACGUCGGCACCGCCGUCCUGCAGUGGGAUGACCCUGGAUUCUAG